AUAGUCGUACUCUACAGUUUGUGUCCCCAACACGGUUAAUUGAGCUAGUGGUUGUUAGUUGUAGGGAAUGAAAAAAGUGAAAAUGGCAUUAGUGUGGGGAAAAGAUAGUGCUGCGGGGAGUAACCAAAAUGUUGGAGGAGAACGAAUAGUCCGUGUUGGAUAUUAUGAAUUGGGCAAGACAAUUGGAAAAGGCAAUUUCGCUGUUGUUAAACUUGCAACACACGUUGUUACGAAAACCAAGGUUGCAAUUAAGAUAAUAGACAAGACAAAAUUAGAUGAAGACAACCUGAAGAAAAUAUUUAGGGAAAUUCAAAUAAUGACACAACUUCAACAUCCGCACAUAAUAAGACUUUAUCAGGUAAUGGAAACUGAAAAAAUGAUACAUUUAGUAACUGAGUAUGCAAGUGGAGGAGAAAUUUUUGAUUUCCUGGUUGAAAAUGGCCCAAUGUCGGAGAAAGCAGCACGCAGACUUUUCCACCAAAUACUUACUGCAGUCCACUUCUGCCACACCCAUAACAUUGUACAUAGAGAUUUAAAGGCUGAAAAUCUUCUUCUAGAUUCAAACAUGAACAUCAAACUGGCAGAUUUUGGGUUCAGUAACCAUUUUCAACCGGGAAAGAAACUGUCCACAUGGUGUGGAAGUCCCCCGUAUGCAGCUCCAGAACUGUUUGAAGGAAAGGAAUAUGAUGGACCAAAGACUGAUAUAUGGAGCAUGGGAGUUGUGCUCUACGUGCUGGUGUGUGGAGCCUUACCAUUCGAUGGUGCCACCUUACAGACACUGCGCACAAGGGUCCUUGCUGGAAAGUUUCGUAUCCCGUAUUUUAUGUCAGCAGAUUGUGAACAUUUAAUUCGAAAUAUGUUAGUUGUAGAGCCUGAGAAAAGACUGGGAAUAAAACAAAUAUUGCACCAUCGUUGGAUGACUCAGGAUGAUGAUGCUGAAAUGUUUGAGUCACCACUUCAGUGUAAGGAACCGGAUAAAUGUCCACCACUUAAUGAGGUUGUGGUGGAACACAUGCUGCAACUUCCCGGACUCACUGCAGAAAUAAUUCAGCAGUCUGUGCAGUCACGUACCUUUGACCACAUCAGUGCCAUUUACCACUUGCUCGUUGACAAAUUGAAAAAUAAGGAAAAACAAUUGGCUAUGUGCUCCGAUUCUAGUGCAAUCCAAAGUGCUACAAGUCAGCGAAAAUCCAGUAUUACAACAGGUGUUGUUGACCGAAGCACUGUCUGUGAAAGUGAAGCAGAACCAAGUGACUUACUGCUAGUUUCGGUACCCGGCAUCCCAAUGUGGAAUGCACAGUUUGGCGAUUCUCAGUUUCUAGACAAGUUUGGAGAUGCAGAUGUGCAGUUGGAAUUGGAAUGUGAAGAGCAGCAAAGAAAGUCCAGUGGUGGCAGCAACAGGCCAUGGGACAAGUACCACACUGUUCGCAGGCACACGGUCGGCCCAGGCGAUACUGCUCGUGAGCAGGUGUUGGAGGCUCAUUAUAUUAAUUUGGAUAGCGAAACACUGAACAUUCUUCCGAACACCAAUCUUCCCGUCAACUUGCCAAAGGUUCAACAUCAACCCUUGCAGAAUUUUUCAAUAAAGGACCAACAUCUAUUGAAGCCUCCCCCAGUCAUGGGAGCAAUUGGCGGGUUUGGACGGCGGGCGUCUGACGGAGGAGCAAACCUACAGAUGUUCUUCGGAAGACAAACAGAAGGCUUGUGGAGUCACCCAGGCAGUCAGGAGCAAAUACAGAUGCUUCAACCGGGCAGUCCUACACUCUCUCAGCGUUCUCAACCCAUUGUUCCUACAGCUGUGCACAACCGAGCUGAAAUGCAAUAUACACCAUCCGACCAGAUGAUCUCAAACACAGGAGAAGACAUUCCAGAUACUCACGCAGUUAACAGGUACAUGCAGCAGCGUGGGAACAGCAAAAGACACACAUUGGCUAACGCGGAAGAAGUGGAAGAGGUUCACCGUAAAAUGCAGCAACAGCAGCAACAACCAGCUCCUCCUCAGCAGCAGCCAAUUAGAACACGCCGUACAGGUCUCCUCACAGUCAUGGAGCGCCCACCAGUAAUUAGUCCAGAGAUAGUGCGUGAAGUAGAAGCACGUAUGAAUCGACAACACACACCUCAGAAAAUGCCAACACAGAAUAUAAGUCUUAUACCAUCUAGAACCAAGACAUACCCCAGGACCAAGAAACCAUCUGGUUUAGCUACAGUUCAGGAAUCAAAUAGGCUUGGUCGAGAAAGUUUCAAGGAGCUAAACAGUCUUCAUCUGACACAAGAACGCUAUAGUCCUGUGAGACGUGCCAGUGAAGGAAGUACCUCAAUUAUUGGUGGUCAAUAUCGUUGUAGUCCUCAGCAUAAUGCCAGCUGCUUCCAACAGCCACAAAUGUGUCUUGAUAAAGAUGUUUGUUUCAAGGCUUUGCAGCAUGAAUACCAGCAACUCCAGAGGCAUAGCAGGAAUACAACAGAUUCAGAAAUGCAGCUUCAACAUUCUCUUCAUGUUCAGUACAUGUUGUCAGGGACACCAGCCAACGUAUUGUCACCUAUGAGCACACCCUAUAUGUCUCCAAUGCCAUCGCCACCUAUCAACCAUAGUCCUGCAUCAAUACCAGAUUCUCCAGUUCAUCACCAGCAGAUACCGGGUACUUCAGAAAAUAGCACUGCAUCUAAUAUGGCAUUAACAUAUCAUUUGCAACAUUUACAACUGCAGCAACAGAUCAGUCCAGAACCAACACUAAGUAUUUUCCAACCGUACAUGCCUUCUCCUCCUCCCAAGUGCAACUCUCCUACCACAAGCAUAAGUGGUGGCAGUGUCACUUCAAUCACCCAAGGACUGAGUAGCUUGUCUACUAACACAGGUUCUAUUGCUCAUGGUACACCAACCAUCAACAUGCCACUGGAUCUUCGAAUCCAGUCGAGUGUGCACCUUCAUAACCGGUCUACUGUGACGUCGCCUUUACAACAUUCACCAUCAAACAGUCCAGCGUUGGAUAUGAUCCAAGAAGAACAUCACGCAGAUCUUCCCUUCAAACAUUCUACCGUUUUGAGGCAGCAUGGACCUGACGUGAGACAGUCACCGCUGAGCUUCAGCCUACUAAGUCCCCAGCACCCACAAAUUUCAGUCACAGAUGAAAUGGGUGGAGAGGUAACAUUGGUUAAAAGUUCAUCUUCCAGUGAUCUGAGUGAUUCUUCACUCUGUGACCACAGUGAACAAAGCAUGGCGACGGACACUAAUAUGGCCCAGGAUUCCUCUAGCUUCCUGAAAAUGGUCCCGUCAAGCUUGUGUCAAGGAGUUCCGCACUUCCAGGUAGAUAACGUAGAUGUUUUUAGCAGUUUAGAUAAAAGCUCAGAUUCGCCGUAUCUUUUGCCAUCAGUUAAUUCUCCUACAAUAUUACCUUCGUUUUUAAUUUCCGGUCCUUGUGAUCUUUCUAAACCGUCGAUUGUACGAGGUAUAGGAAAACAGCAAAUUAGUCCAGAUAGUGUAUGUUCUGAUAAACAAAUGAUCACCGAUAUCACAAAAAAUUACAUCCAACAGUGUAAAGGUGAGUUUAAUGUCAAGAACGUUGAACUUUCAAGUGUAGAGAACUUGGUUUGCAGUAAUUCUGAGCAAGCAUUUUCAUUUUCAGAACCCAAUUCUUCUACUUUUACAACCUACAUGCCUAAGAGUGAAUUUUAUGCUAGUGAUGAUUCAUCAAAUAGCAUGGAAAGUUUUCAGCAGAUUUACGACAAUCAUAGAUCAGAUAGCAUGGACGUAUCUUACGAGAAUGAAAGAAAUAUUCUUUUUACCAAUUCUUUAAUGAAUACUCCAAACAUUAAAUCAGUGUCGACGGGUAACGUGUUCACCACCGACCUUGUACAAAAGACUUCUAGUGGAUCUUUUAAAGUGACUUUAUCUGAUUUCUGCUCAAGGUUAACUGCAGCAGACAUUUUAGGCCUUGUGAAAAGACUGAUAGAUGCCCGCGCACCGCCUCAAGGGUUUACGUUUUCGAACGCUGGUGGGGACAGUGGCACCGUGGAGGGUGGACUAUCACUCGAGUAUCCAGGGGGUAUUCAAAUUGAACUGAUGGUGUGCAAGGAUCAUGGCUGUGAGCUUAAAGGACUUAAAAUGAGAAGAAUAUCAGGUGACCAACUCCAAUAUAGCAGACUAUGUCAAGAACUGAUCUCGUGUAUUACAGUAUGAAUGUUGUUUGGCACAGUAUUUUUUAUUAGUAUUAUUUUUAUUAUAUUUGGUCAGAAAUGGAAAAUAAACCCUUUGCGUCAUCUUUA